UUCAUCCAUGAUUCCAUCUGACGAUUGGAACGUUCAGUGCUCUGUCCUGCGCUUCUGCGGUUCUGCCUGCUGUAGAUCUCACAUCUCAGUCAGGUGACACCUGCGGACCCAAACCAUUUCCUCGAUGGUUGCGCAGUGGAACUUUCCACAGUUCGCUUUGACCAUCCACGUGUCAUGUGCAACUAGAUCCUGCUGCCAAGUAGGCCCCACUGUCAGUCAGUACUAGUACUCCACUACUGUGGCUCACCGCCAUUAUUGUGUCGUUACUGGGCUGGUGGUCUCCAACGGUCGAAAAAUUGGCGGGAGCCAACGGACCGGGUCGUCUCUCGUCCGGUCAUAACACGUAACGGCUCGUCUCGCCACCGCCCUCGCAACUCACGAGCGACAAAGGAGGAGCCGGCGCGGAGCUGCGACCAGGUAGCCCGAACCCAACGUCUCGCUCCCCUCUCUCUCCUCGCUCUCGUCUCGUUCGCCCAGCCGCGGCCGCACGACUCCAGGCAAAGCAGCAGCGCGCGAGGGGCGAUGGAGUUUAUGGAGCCCAAGGACAUCGACUGGAGCAGGGUGGUGUCCCGGUACGUGCGCGACGAGACCUACGAGGGCAUCGUGGCCCCGCGCUGGGCCGACCUCACCGACCCCAACGCCGGCCGCGCCGGCAUCGACGACGAAGCCUGGUUCUGCCGCCCCGAUUGCCGGCACCCGAAGACGGCCGAGGAUUUCCUCAAGCUAAGCCCCAGCCCCAAGGGCAAGCUGCUGCGAUCAGCGUCGGCCAUGCUGCCGUUCGGCGAGAGGGACGCCAACGCCACCAACCUCAGAGACGGCAAUAACAAUCUGAAGUGGCGGGGCGCUGGCGGCGCCGUUGCCACCUUCACGUCGCCCAAGCCAAAGGCAGCGCCCAAGAAGAGGUUCCAGGAGGACAGCGAGAACCAGGACCCUGCGCUGGCCACGCCGCCUCCGCCCCAGCCACCAGCGCCAAGUAGGCCGCCGUUCGGUGCCCCACGGUGGACCAAGAAUGCCAAGGAGGCCAUCAAGUCCAGUGCGGAGAAGCAGCCACACAAUGCAGAGAAGGAGGCGCUGCUCGGCAAGCACGCCGCGCCGAGGCAGCUCAAGAGCACCCUCUCGGCAAGGAACCUCUUCUCCGGGAGGGAUAUACUUGGCCAGAUAUCGGAUUUCUACGAUGAGCUCAAGCGGAUGGUCGGUGGCGGCGCCGGCCGGCCUGUCACAGACACCCAGGAGGAACACAGCUCAAGCCCAAUGAAUGGCGAUGCAGUGGAGAAGGUGGCUUGUGACAAUGGCGCUGUUGAUCCGGUUCCCUUGGAGACCGUGAAGGAGGUGGCAAGACAAGAAAUAGAGCAAAAGAGUCCAAGCCCAAUGAAUGGAAAGGUGGGGUUGAAGGUAGAAGCAGGGAAGCAAAAGUCACCAUCUGUAUUGAAGGAGGUGAAGGCAACACCGCCGACUCCACAGCGGUUUCCAUCCCCAUCGGCGAACCGCGUCAAGAAUGUUAAAGCAGGAGGGAUGGCAACGACAGGCUCACCGCUCAAGAAGCCACUGAAGGAGAAGGGGACACCUAGUAAGAAUAUGGAGAGCAAAAGAUCCGCCAAGAGGCAACCUUUUGGGGUUAAGGAUAUGAAUGAUACAAGAGCUUGUGAUGCAGAAGGGGGCUCCAGUAGCAUGUUUUGGUUCUUGAAGCCCUGCACUUUCCUUGUGGAGUAGCAGCAUGAUAAUAAGAAGUUUUAACCAGCGACACUUGAUGUAGUUAGAAUUUAUUCAUUUUUAAACAUUCUUGGUUUCUAUUUGAUUGAUUCAUUUGAUGGACACCCUGUCGGGGAAAUAAACAAAAAACAUAUGUAUAAUUGGAGGUAUAGAGAAAUAAACAAAAAGCAUAUGUAUAAUUCGUGGUAUAGAGAAAUAGACAAAAAACAUAUGUGGUUGAGA